UCGAACAGUCUCCUCCCUGUCUGAAAACUCCGAUCGGUGAGACACAUGUCGACGCCUGAAAGGGAAACCUAAUUUUUUGUUAAAUUUGUCUACCCACAUUUCUGUCCUUUUUUGUUAAUGGAAAUUUUCGUGCGCUGCUGCAGCUCCGCGUUUCCCCCAUUUUGGGAGAUUUUUUGCUUUUUCAGUUAUCUGUCUGUUGCUUUGGUUUUCUAUAAUUGUUCUUUCUCAGUCUCCACUUUUGGAUAUUUCGUCGAUUGAAGGUUUUAGAAAGGGAUAAAGAAAAGGGGGGCGGAAUCGAAUUAUAAGAAUUUACAUUGGUGUUUUAGUGAUAUGAAUUUUAAGAAUUUCGGAAACGAUCCACCUCCGGCGGCGCCGCCGCCGCUGGCACGGCAGUCGUCGGUGUACUCGUUAACAUUCGACGAGUUCCAGAGCACGGUGGGGGCCGCCGGUAAGGAUUUCGGGUCGAUGAACAUGGACGAGCUAUUGAGAAACAUAUGGACGGCGGAGGAAAAUCACGGCAUUGGGCCGAGCGCCGCCGCCCAAUACGGCGGCGGCGGUGCGUUGCAGAGACAAGGAUCAUUAACUCUGCCGCGAACGCUCAGCCACAAGACAGUCGACGAGGUUUGGCGCAACAUGUAUAAGGAUGGCGGCGGCGGCGCCGCCGCCGCCUUCGGUAUGCCCCACCGGCAGCCGACGUUAGGCGAAAUUACAAUCGAAGAGUUCUUAAUGCGCGCCGGCGUCGUCCGAGAGGACGCCCACUUGCAAAAUAACCUUGGAUUUUUCCGGGAUUCAUCUAGCGGCGGCGGCGGCGCCGCCGCUCUCGGAUUCGAAUUCCACCACCAACCGCCGCCGCAGGCGGCGGACGGAAACCUACCAUUCGGCGUAAAUGGGAUUAGAUCCGCCGGAGCGCAAAUCGACAGCCAAUCCUUUCCAAAGCCUCAGCCUCAACAACAGCAACAUAUCCUUCCAAAACAGCCCGGCGGUGGCGGCGCCGCCGCCAUGGCGUACGGGUCGGGCGGCGGAACUCAGCUGAGCAGUCCGCGGAUGGUGGCGGCGAGCAAUCCAUUGGAGGGGGGGCUUGCGGGGGUGGUUGGUUUAGCGGCCGGGGGAUCGCCGGCGGCGCUAUCGUCGGAGGGAUUUGGGAAGAGCAGCGGCGGCGACACGUCAUCGGUGUCUCCGGUGCCGUACAUGUUGAGCGGCGGUGUGCGGGGCCGGAGAAGCGCGACGAUAGAGAAGGCGGUGGAGAGGAGGCAGAGGAGGAUGAUCAAGAAUCGAGAAUCGGCGGCGCGAUCGAGGGCACGUAAGCAGGCGUACACGAUGGAAUUGGAAGCAGAAGUUGCGAAGCUGAAGGAGGAGCAAGAAGUAUUGCAGCAGAAGCAGGCAGAAAUAGUGGAAAUACAGAGAAAGCAGGUAAUGGAGAUGAUGAAGCAACAGAAUGCAGCAGGAUGCAAGAGGAGGCAGCGCUUGAGGAGGACACAGACAGGGCCUUACUAGGUACCUACCCUAAUUAGUAGAUGUUGUAAAAGUAUAUGCAAAUGCAGCUAGAGGUGUGUGAGAGUGAAUCACCCAGAUGCACAUGCACUACUACUUACUUUAUUUAGUAUGUAUAUUUCUAUGCUUUUUUUGUCAAAUUUAGUAGGAUUGAUUUUUA